UGGUCGUAAAGUUUAAAGUUUAGGCGCUAAGACCAGUUUGUGCGCUACUUCUAACCACAUGCGAUGGAUAAUCAGCUAGAACUUAAAGAUUUGUAAUCAUGCUUUCUUAGGACGCAUUUGAAGAAUUCAUGAUCGCACCUCCCGGUUAUCCAACAGAAGUUAUUGACCUGACUAAUAUUGACGCAGAUACAAAAGAUAUUUCACCAGCUUCGGUUACUCUUAUUUCCAAAGAAACGAAUAAAAGCACCUCAAAGGAACUCUCAGAAAUAGAAAGCUCCUCUAAAAACAUGAAAGGGACAAAUAUUUCUGAAGAUGACGAGGAUUUUGAUAUCGAAGAUGAAAGCCUCAUAGAACGCCUAAUUGGUCUUACAGAGAUGUUUCCGGAGUCAGUACGUCGUAGCGCUUCACUUGCCUUCAGUGCAACUUCUAAAGGCAUUGUAUCGGCCUAUGCUAUCAGUAGAUCAUUGACUUGGUUCGUGGCAAGCACAGCUACUGUAUGUUUCCUACCACUCAUUCUGGAGCUUGAACGAGUUCAAACUGAAGAGCAAGAGGCAGCUCAGCAACGCACAAUGAUGCUUGGCCCCAGGGCUGCAGGAAGUGGUUCUGGUUUGGCUGGAUUCUCAGCCGCAGUUCCUCAACUUACUCACAUAGAACCCAAGUAGCAUCUUUGAUCAAUUCGUCCAAACUCUUGUAUUCAUAAACAAAUAGAAAUACCGUUACACACAAAACGAUAUCUAGUUUUCUGAAUCAUUCCUAAUAAUUUGCACGUUAUCCUACUUAUACUUUACGCUUAGUUAAUUAUCCUAGUUUAUUAUUGAAU